AUGCUCACACCCGCCUCUCCUCCACAUGUGUGUGCCAUGCUGGUGGCUGCUUCAUACAAACGGCGUCAGUCCUUCCAAAUGACGUCGCGUUUAGCCCGAUCGCUGACAACUCACCCCACAGCUAAAGUGGUAGCUGCUACAGGCACUGUCUCAUCCAUUGACAGCGCAGAUAUCAUUCAUCUGGGCAAAGUAAUAACGCUCAAGGACCGCUUGAUGAUCUAUAGUCAGUUAAGCAAGGCGCGUCUCAGUGCGCUGGUAGUCAUGACGACGGGUGCAGGCUUCCUGAUGGCCGGUGGUCCCAUAUCAUGGAGUACCUUUGCGGCUGCCACUUUGGGAACGUCGCUAGCCGCAGCCUCAGCCAAUACAUUUAAUCAAUGCUGGGAGGUGGACCUUGAUGCUAAGAUGCAGCGCACACACCGCCGACCGCUGCCUUCAGGACGUAUCUCACAACCUCAUGCGCUGGCCUUCGGAGCAGCUACAGCCACGGCCAGCACUGUCAUCCUCGCGACUGGAUGCAGCCCGCUGGUUGCGUCAUUGGGCUUGUUUAAUAUCGGACUUUACUCACUGGUUUACACGCCUAUGAAGAUGAAAAGUGAGCUUAACACUUGGGUGGGCUCCAUCGUAGGCGCUAUUCCGCCAGUUAUGGGCUGGGCAGCCGCCACAGGCACACUAUUGGCGCCCGAAGCCGUGUUGCACGCUUACUUGAUGUAUUGCUGGCAAAUGCCUCAUUUUUUUGCGCUGAGCUGGCGCUCACGCAAGGACUACGGACGUGGUGGUUACAAGAUGGUGGCUUGCAAUGACCCAACUGGUUCUCGAAGUGCAGCGUUGGCACUGCGUUACUCAUAUUACAUGGGCGCGAUUCCCAUUAUAGCUUCCAUAACAGACACCACGAGCUACAUGUUUGCGGUAGAAGGUUCGAUUGUGAAUGCGUAUGCCAUUUAUUUGGCUCACAAAUUUUACGCAAAUCCCAACAAUGCAACUGCGCAGAAGGUCUUUAUGGCGUCGCUAUGGUAUCUGCCAGUCGUAAUGGGCUGCAUGGUGCUACAUAGUCAAAAUUGGAUGGACAAGGAUGAGAUUGAACAGAACAAAGAUGUUCGAGUGUGGCGAGAAGCUUUUCUCGGGGAAGUAGAGAAUUUUGGGAACUUUCAGUCUAACCAAGUAUCUGAAAACUUUGAUAAAAAUACCAUGUCGGCGUGGUUCGUCUCCAAGGUGCGCGCUGUGCGCCGCUGUAUGCGAGAAUUUUGCAUUCACGAGAAUUUGUGGGGGGUGAAGAAUGGUCAGCAUCAUGCUGACAAGACCAAUGUACUUUGCCCUGUUCACGUGGGCAAUCAGGCGAAAGAGACCAUGGCAGUCACAACACCGACUAAGAAGGACUUGACUGCAUAUCCAUUUAUGAUAAACCACUUCAUACUGACCGGAGGGACGCGCUUUCAUUUGAAUAAUCGAGAGCUUCAGUAUCUCCGACUUUUCCGGCACCGUAACCACACCGAUAACAACAUUCGAAAGAAACUCGAAGUUGUUGGAAACAAGUUAAGUCGUACCUAA